ACGUUGGUGAUUGGCGCACGUGACUGACGGGAGCGUCACGUGACCGGCCGCUCUCAUGUGACCUGGUUUGAGCUUUCAUUGUUGGCAGCUGCAGUCCGAUUAAGUUUCCCUGCUGAACGAGAAACCAAGUGUGAACAGGCAGGCGGGCAGACGAGAUGCAGGUGGGGGCGGUGUUGUGUUGCUUCCUGUUCUCUCUGCUGGGUGGUGAUGCAGCCCCGGCUGGAGACGAAGUGACUUACCUGCCUGGUCUGCAGAAACAGCCGAGCUUCAGACAUUACUCAGGAUACCUGAGUGUGGCUGAUGGAAAACACCUGCACUACUGGUUUGUGGAGUCCCAGAACAACCCGUCCUCUGACCCGGUGGUGUUGUGGUUGAACGGUGGUCCCGGCUGCAGCUCUCUGGAUGGCCUUCUGACUGAACACGGCCCCUUCCUGAUCCAGGGCGAUGGAGCGACGCUUCAGUACAACCCGUACUCGUGGAACAAGAUUGCCAACAUGUUGUACCUGGAGUCUCCAGCCGGAGUUGGCUUCUCGUACUCUGACGAUAAGAACUACGUCACCAACGACACGGAGGUGUCGAUGAAUAACUACCUGGCUCUGAAGGAGUUCUUCCGUCUGUUUCCAGAGUUCAGCCAGAACGAGCUGUUCCUCACCGGCGAGAGUUAUGGAGGAAUCUACAUCCCAACACUGGCCGAGAGAGUGAUGGAGGACACCAGCCUCAACCUGCAGGGUGUUGCCGUGGGAAACGGGAUGUCAAGUUAUGAGAUGAAUGAUAACUCUCUGGUGUACUUUGCCUACUACCACGGCCUCCUGGGAAGUCAGCUGUGGAAAGAGUUGCAAAUGUUCUGCUGCAGGGACGGGAAGUGCAACUUCUACAACAACCCCAACCAGAACUGCUCAGACAGCCUGUCUGAGGUUCAGAUGAUUGUCUACAGUUCAGGGCUGAACAUAUACAACCUGUAUGCGCCCUGUGCAGGUGGAGUCCCCCAGAGACUCAGUACUGAAGCAGGUGAGCUGGUGAUCAGAGAUCUGGGAAACUCGUUCAUCAACCAUCAGUGGACUUGGCUGUGGAACCAGAAGUUACGAGGUCUGGCGUCUCUCCACCUGUCUGUCCGUCUGGACCCUCCCUGCACUAACUCCACCCCCUCGUCCCUCUACCUGAACAACGCAUUCGUCCGAUCAGCGCUGCAUAUCAGCCCCAAGGCCCUGGACUGGGUCGUCUGCAGCGCCGAGGUGAAUCUGAACUACGGCCGUGUCUACCUGGACGUCAGGAAGCAGUACCUGAAGCUGCUUACUGCUCUGAAGUACCGGGUCCUGGUGUAUAACGGGGAUGUGGACAUGGCCUGUAACUUCAUGGGGGACGAGUGGUUUGUGGAGUCUCUGCAGCAGCAGGUGGAGGUCCAGAGGAGGACGUGGCUCUACAAUGAUGGAGACAGCCAGCAGGUCGGAGGCUUCGUCAAAGAGUUCAACAACAUCGCCUUCCUCACUGUCAAGGGUUCUGGUCACAUGGUUCCAUCAGACAAACCAGGUGCUGCCUUCACCAUGUUCUCCAGAUUCAUCAAGAAACAACCCUACUGACUGACGGGUCACCUGUUCCUCUGACCAAUCGCCUUCAUGCUGCCACAAUUUCAGUUGAUUUUUUUUUUGUCCCUCACUGCCAGCCAAUCAGCACAGCUCUGCUGUGUUGCCUGGCAACUAUAAUAUUACUGCAGGAAAUGAAACGUAUUAACCUCAGCCAAUCACAGCACUCCUUGGGAUCACGCACUCCAAUGGUAAUGUGAAUGUGUGGUUGUCAUGGAAAUGAGCGCUUUUGAAUGUGAAAUUUGUUUUAUGUUUUAUUGAUUUAAAUAAAGUUUGAUCUUUAA